AUGAACUCAAAUAAAAAAUCCACGGUCAUUGAUGUCGAAUCUGAAGAUGACAUCGUUAUUUCUGGCAUCGCCGGUAGAUUUCCUAAAUCUGACAAUGUUAACCAACUUCAAGAAAAUUUAUUUAACAAAGUGGAUCUUGGAUCAGAUGAGGAACGACGAUGGAAUCAUGGUCACCCAGAUCUGCCUCAACGUAUGGGACUGAUUAAUAAUAUCGAAAAGUUCGAUGCAGAUUAUUUUGAAAUUCCCUUCAACAAAGUCCAUUUCAUGGAUCCUAUGAGUAGGAUGCUCAUGGAGCAUACGUAUGAAGCUAUCGUCGAUGCAGGAAUAAAUCCGAAAGAUUUAUCUGGAACAAAAACUGGAAUUUUUAUCGGAAUAUGUGCGUCGGAGUCGGAGAACACUUGGUUUUUUGAAAAACCACAGGUAGCUGCAGCUUUCGAAAGUUACAAAACUCUAAACGCAAAUCGGAUGUCUUACUGGUUAAAUAUAACAGGACCAUCUUGCACACUCGAUUCCGCAUGCAGCUCAAGUCUCUUCGCUUUAGAGUGCGCUUAUAGAAGUAUCCGGUCAGGACAGUGUGACGCUGCCAUUGUCGGCUGUGUAAAUCUCUGCCUUAAUCCUUAUAUAGCAUUGCAGUUUGCGCGACUCG